UUACAAUUUAUUCAUCACAUUACUGGAUCUUCUAGAGAAUAAAGAAACAAAUUUUAAAGAGAUUUGAAAUGAAGCAACUAUGCUUGACAGCGACUAUUCUUUUGGGUCUUAUUGUAGGAACGAACACAUUCAGUUACAAAGAGGCUAAAAAUUGGGGAAAACAAUAUCCCGAAUGUAAUGGAAAACACCAGUCUCCCGUAAUUUAUACGCCAAUUGGCCAAGAGGGUUUUCCAAACAUUAGUAAAAUAUUGAGACUUACAGACUUCCAAAAAUUACCCAAAAAAUUGACUAUGAAGAAUAAUGGUCACACUGUGGAAAUGAAAGCCGAUUGGAAUGGAAAACCUCCAAGCUGUACUGGCGGACCCCUCCAUGGAAACUACGUAUUUGAAAAAGCCACUUUUCAUUGGGCCCCAAAAAAGUGGGCUGAAGAAGUUGAUGCUACCGCUCAGGAAGAAGAUUCAUUUUUGUACGACAUUUAUAUGGAGAUGCACUUGUUCUUUUAUAGAACAGAUUUGAAAUCAUUUGAGAAAGCUCAAAAACAAAAGGGCGGUCUUGCAGUGUUUAAAAUGGCGUUCCAGAGCAGAUUUCUAAAUCCCGAACAUUUGUUUGACAACCUGGAAAAAAAAUUGCAUAAGGUGCAAUCUCCAAAUUCAACAACAGAGAUAACCCCGUUUCGCUUAUUAAGUCAUUUCGAUGAUUUAUAUACACCAUUUAUAUUUUACGAAGGUUCAUUAGAUUAUCCACCCUGCUUGGAAUCUGUAACUUGGUUCAUAUAUGAAACUGGUACCGCUAUCAAGGAAAGUCUGGUAAAGGAAUUCAGGAAAAUAAAGUUGGCCAAUGGAGACGUGUCAAAUGUUCGACCUACCCAGCCGCUAAACAAACGUCAGGUUAAGAUAGUGUUUACUCACAAUAGGAUCGCUAUGGAGAUGCACGUGUUCUUUUAUAGAACAGAUUUCAAAUCAUUUAAGAAAGCUGAAACACAAAAGGGCGGUCUUGCAGUGUUUAAAAUGAAGUUCCAGACCGGAUUUCUGAAACCCACAGAUUGGCUUGACGACUUGUCAAAAACCUUACACAAGGUUAAAUCUCCAAAUUCAACAGCAGAGAUAAAACCGUUUCCCUUAUUAAAUGAUUUCGAUAACGCCUAUACAUCAUUUCUAUUUUACGAAGGUUCUUUGGAUUAUCCCCCUUGCUCAGAAUCUGUAACUUGGUUCACAGUUGAAGUUCCUGUCCAGAUCAUUGAUAGCGUUGUAAAAGAAUUCAAGAAAAUAAAGUUGGCUGAGGGAGACGUGUCAAAUGUGAGACCUAUGCAGCCCCUUAACAAGCGUCAAAUUAAGUAUGUGGCUAACAAUAAUAAUAUACGGAGAAUCAAAAUGAACCAGCUACAUUUGAUAGCGACUGUUCUUUUGGGUCUUAUUUUAGGAGCGAACGCAUUCAGUUAUAAAGAUGCUGAGAACUGGGGGAAAAAUAUUCCAAGUGUAAUGGACUACAUCAAUCUCCAAUGA